AUGUCAUCGAUCACGACCACCCCGAAAGCACUCGUUGGUGUCAUAGGUGGAUCUGGAUUGUACAAACUAAACAAUCUGGCACCCAUUGAGGAAGUUAACCCUGAAACCCCAUGGGGCUAUCCCUCCUCGCCCAUAACAAUUGCUGAGCUUCCUACCGGACAUCGCGUUGCUUUCCUGGCGCGUCAUGGGACCGCGCACUCGAUCUCUCCAUCGACAGUCCCCUCUCGAGCCAACAUCGCCGCUUUACGUUCGCUUGGGAUCCGCGCAAUUUUGGCCUUCAGUGCCGUGGGAUCUCUCCGGGAAGAAAUCCGUCCCGGAGAUUUCAUUAUUCCAUCACAGAUCAUUGAUCGCACGAAAGGAAUACGGAAAGCUAGCUUCUUUGACGAGACGAGCGUCGUCGCACACGCUAUGUUUGGAGAUCCCUUUGAUAAAGAAUUAUCUAACUUCGUCGGGCCCCUCGUCAAAGAAGCGAUCGAAGGGGAUGGCAGUGCUCCGGAAAAACAGUUACACACGGACAAAACAGUGGUCUGCAUGGAAGGUCCACAGUUCUCCACUCGCGCGGAGAGCCUCAUGUACCGAGCAUGGGGAGGCGAUAUCAUCAACAUGAGCGUCCUGCCAGAGGCUAAGCUAGCGAGAGAGGCUGAGCUCAGCUACACGCUCAUUGCGACAGCCACUGAUUAUGAUGCCUGGCGUGCGGGCUAUGAGCCUGUGACUGUCGCGGAAGUCGUGAAGACUCUGCAUGAUAACGCCGAAACGUCCCGGAAAGUGAUCGCCACUAUCUUAGGCCAUGUUCAUGACGUGGUAGAAAGAGGGACUCUUUUGAAGAGCGCUGAGGGCGCAAUGAGAUACUCCAUGGUGACGCCUAAGAAUCAUCAAAACCCAGAGGAUAAGCUGAAGCUGAAGUUCAUUUUGCCACAGUACUUUAGCUAG